CCCCAGCUCGGUCAAGGCGCGGGCCGGAGCUCCACCGCCCUCCGGAGAAUCACCGCUACCUCGCCUAGGCCGCUGUGCCUGCCCGGGCCGCCAUGGCUGGGGGCCGCGGGGCCGCAGGACGCGGCCCGGCUGAGCCGCAGGAGAGCUAUUCACAGAGACAGGACCACGAGCUGCAGGCCCUGGAGGCGAUUUACGGCUCGGACUUCCAGGAUCUGCGGCCGGAUGCGCGCGGACGGGUGAGAGAGCCUCCUGAAAUCAAUUUAGUUCUGUACCCUCAGGGCCUGGCUGGUGAGGAAGUGUACGUGCAGGUGGAGCUGAGGGUCAAAUGCCCACCGACAUACCCGGAUGUAGUUCCCGAAAUAGAGUUAAAAAACACUAAAGGUCUGUCGAAUGAGAGUGUUAAUUUGUUAAAGUCACACCUGGAAGAACUGGCCAAAAAGCAGUGUGGAGAGGUGAUGAUAUUCGAACUGGCACACCACGUGCAGUCGUUUCUCAGCGAGCAUAACAAGCCCCCUCCAAAGUCUUUCCAUGAAGAAAUGCUGGAAAGGCAGGCUCAGGAGAAGCAGCAGAGGUUGCUGGAGGCCAGGCAGAAAGAGGAGCAGGAGCAACGUGAAAUCCUCCACGAGAUUCAGAAAAGGAAAGAGGAGAUCAAGGAAGAGAAGAAAAGGAAGGAAAUGGCUAAGCAGGAACGUUUGGAAAUUACUAGUUUGACAAACCAGGAUCAUGCCUCUAAGAGAGACCCAGCAGGACACAGGGCAGCUGCCAUUCUCCAUGGAGGCUCUCCUGACUUUGUAGGAAAUGGUAAAGCCCGGGCACACUCCUCAGGAAGGUCCAGGCGAGAACGUCAGUAUUCUGUCUGUAGUGGUGAAGCCUCUCCUGGCUCGUGUGACAUCCUCUACUUCUGUGUGGGUAGCGCUGAUCAGCUCAUGGUGCACAAAGGGAAAUGUGUUGGCAGCGAUGAGCAGCUGGGGAAGGUGGUAUACAAUGCAUUGGAAACAGCCACGGGCAGCUUUGUCUUGUUGUAUGAGUGGGUCCUUCAGUGGCAGAAAAAGAUGGGCCCUUGCCUUACCAGUCAAGAGAAAGAGAAGAUCGAUAAAUGUAAAAAGCAGAUUCAAGGAGCAGAAACAGAAUUCAGCUCCCUAGUGAAACUGAGCCAUCCAAACAUUGUCCGCUACUUUGCGAUGAACUCCAGAGAGGAGAAGGAUUCCAUUGUGGUCGACAUUCUGGCAGAACACAUCAGUGGGAUCUCUCUCGCUGCACACCUGAGCCACUCAGGCCCUGUGCCCAUGCACCAGCUGCGCAAAUACACAGCGCAGCUCCUGGCGGGCCUGGACUACCUGCACCGCAACUCGGUGGUGCACAAGGUGCUGAGCACCGCCAGCGUCUUGGUGGAUGCUGAGGGCACCGUCAAGAUAACAGACUACAGCAUCUCUAAGCGCCUGGCAGACAUUUGCAAGGAGGAUGUUUUUGAGCAAACUCGAGUUCGCUUUAGUGACAGUGCUCUGCCUUAUAAAACCGGGAAGAAAGGGGAUGUGUGGCGUCUUGGCCUCCUGCUGUUGUCUCUUAGCCAAGGUCAGGAGUGUGAGGAGUAUCCUGUGACCAUCCCCAGUGAUCUGCCAGCUGACUUCCAGGACUUCCUGAAGAAGUGUGUUUGCCUGGACGACAAGGAAAGGUGGAGCCCUCAACAGUUGCUGAAACACAGCUUUAUAAACCCUCAGCCAAAAAUGCCUUUGGUGGAGCAGAGUCCUGAAGAUUCUGGGGGACAAGAUUACAUCGAGACCAUCAUCCCCAGCAACCAGCUGCCCAGCGCUGCGUUCUUCACUGAGACACAGAGACAGUUCUCUCGAUACUUCAUUGAGUUUGAAGAACUACAGCUUCUGGGGAAAGGAGCUUUUGGAGCUGUCAUCAAGGUGCAAAACAAGCUUGAUGGCUGUUGCUAUGCUGUGAAGCGCAUCCCUAUCAACCCUGCAAGCAGGCAGUUCCGCAGGAUCAAGGGCGAGGUGACGCUGCUAUCGCGCCUGCACCAUGAGAACAUUGUACGCUACUACAACGCCUGGAUCGAACGGCAUGAGCGCCCAGCGGUGCCAGGGACACCACCCCCAGACUACAUACCCCAGGCCCAGAACAGCUCAGCCACCGGCGGGAAAGCAUCAGGCGACACUGAGGAACUGGGCAGCGUGGAGGCUGCAGCACCACCGCCCAUCCUCAGCAGCUCAGUGGAGUGGAGCACAUCUGCAGAGCGCUCUAACAGCGCCCGUUUCCCAGUCACAGGCCAGGACUCCAGCAGCGAUGAGGAAGAUGAGGACGAGCGCGAUGGUGUCUUCUCACAGUCCUUUCUACCUGCUUCAGAUUCUGACAGUGACAUCAUCUUUGACAAUGAAGAUGAAAACAGUAAAAGUCAGAAUCAGGAUGAAGACUGCAAUGAAAAGGACAGUCGCCAUGAGAUUGAGCCAUCAGUGACGACCGAGGCUGUGCACUACCUGUACAUCCAGAUGGAGUACUGCGAGAAGAGCACACUGCGAGACACCAUUGACCAGGGGCUGUUCCGAGACACCAGCCGGCUCUGGAGGCUUUUCCGAGAGAUUCUGGAUGGAUUAGCUUAUAUCCAUGAGAAAGGAAUGAUUCACCGGGAUUUGAAGCCUGUCAACAUUUUUUUGGAUUCUGAUGACCAUGUGAAAAUAGGUGAUUUUGGUUUGGCAACAGACCAUCUGGCCUUCAAUGCUGAAGGUAAACAGGACGACCAAGCAGGUGAUCAUGUGAUUAAGUCAGACCCUUCAGGCCAUUUGACUGGCAUGGUUGGCACCGCUCUGUAUGUAAGCCCUGAGGUCCAAGGAAGUACCAAGUCUGCGUACAACCAGAAAGUGGAUCUCUUCAGCCUGGGAAUUAUCCUCUUUGAGAUGUCGUAUCACCCGAUGGUGACUGCCUCAGAAAGAAUUUUCGUUCUCAACCAACUUCGAGAUCCCACGUCACCCAAGUUCCCAGACGACUUUGAGGACGGAGAGCAUACAAAGCAGAAAUCUGUCAUCUCCUGGCUGUUAAACCAUGAUCCAGCCAAACGGCCCACAGCCAUGGAGCUGCUCAAGAGUGAGCUGCUCCCCCCACCACAGAUGGAGGAGUCGGAGCUGCAUGAAGUGCUGCACCACACGCUGGCCAACACGGAUGGGAAGGCCUACCGCACCAUGAUGAGCCAGCUCUUCUGCCAGCACAGCUCCCCCGCCAUAGACUACACCUACGACAGCGACAUCCUGAAGGGCAACUUCUUGAUUCGCACAGCCAAGAUCCAGCAGCUUGUGUGUGAAACCAUCGUCCGCGUCUUCAAAAGGCAUGGAGCUGUCCAGCUGUGCACCCCGCUGCUGCUUCCCCGAAACAGGCAAAUAUAUGAGCACAACGAAGCCGCUCUGUUCAUGGAUCACAGUGGCAUGCUGGUGAUGCUUCCUUUCGACCUGCGGGUCCCUUUUGCAAGAUAUGUGGCAAGAAAUAACAUACUGAAUUUAAAGCGAUACUGCAUAGAGCGGGUGUUCAGACCUAGGAAGUUAGACCGAUUUCAUCCCAAAGAACUCCUGGAAUGUGCAUUUGACAUCGUCACUUCUACCGCCAACAGCUCCCUGCCCACUGCUGAAACCAUCUACACCAUCUAUGAAGUCAUCCAGGAGUUUCCUGCACUUCAGGAAAGAAAUUACAGCAUUUACUUGAACCAUACAAUGCUCCUAAAGGCAAUACUCCUACACUGUGGGAUCCCAGAGGAUAAACUCAGUCAAGUCUACGUUAUUCUGUAUGAUGCUGUGACAGAGAAGCUGACUAGGAGGGAAGUAGAAGCUAAGUUCUGUAACCUGUCCUUGUCAUCUAAUAGUCUGUGUCGACUCUAUAAGUUCAUCGAGCAGAAGGGGGAUUUGCAAGACCUAACGCCGACCAUAAACUCACUAAUAAAACAGAAAACAGGCAUUGCUCAGCUGGUGAAGUAUAGCUUAAAAGACCUAGAGGAAGUUGUCGGGCUGCUGAAGAAACUUGGCGUGAAGUUGCAGGUCUCCAUCAACCUGGGCUUGGUUUACAAGGUGCAGCAGCACAAUGGCAUCAUCUUCCAGUUCCUGGCAUUCAGCAAACGCAGGCAGAGGGUUGUGCCUGAGAUCCUUGCAGCUGGUGGCAGAUAUGACCUGCUGAUUCCCAAGUUCAGAGGCCCACAGGCUCUGGGGCCAGUGCCCACUGCUGUCGGUGUCAGCAUAGCCAUAGACAAGAUAUUCGCCGCUGUCCUCAACAUGGGAGAGCCUGUUACAGUGAGCUCCUGUGACCUCCUGGUUGUCAGUGCUGGCCAGAUGUCCAUGUCCAGGGCCAUCAACCUAACCCAGAAACUCUGGACGGCCGGCAUCACUGCAGAGAUCAUGUAUGACUGGUCACAGUCCCAGGAAGAGUUACAAGAAUACUGCAGACAUCACGAAAUCACCUAUGUGGCCCUGGUCUCUGAUAAAGAAGGAAGCCAUGUCAAGGUCAAGUCCUUUGAGAAGGAGAGGCAAACAGAAAAACGUGUGUUGGAAUCAGAUCUUGUGGACCAUGUUAUGCAGAAACUAAGGACCAAAGUUGGUGACGAAAGGAAUUUCAGAGACGCUUCUGAUAAUCUUGCCGUACAAACUCUGAAGGGGUCGUUUUCUAAUGCUUCAGGUUUGUUUGAAAUCCAUGGAACAACAGUAGUCCCCACUGUGAGUGUUAUAUCACCAGAAAAACUGUCGGCCAGCACCAGGAGGCGACAUGAGAUUCAGGUGCAAACCCGACUUCAGACUACCCUUGCCAAUUUACAUCAGAAAAGCAGUGAAAUUGAAAUUUUGGCUGUGGAUCUACCCAAGGAGACCAUCUUACAGUUUCUAUCGCUAGAGUGGGACGCUGAUGAACAGGCAUUUAACACAACCGUGAAACAGCUGCUGUCACGCCUGCCAAAGCAAAGAUACCUCAAACUCGUCUGCGACGAAAUCUAUAACAUCAAAGUUGAGAAGAAGGUGUCGGUGUUGUUCCUGUACAGCUACAGAGAUGACUACUACAGAAUCCUAUUCUGACCCUAAAGAACUGCUGCUGUAUUGUUCAGAUGGACAGGGACUUGUACUGGAAUAAUGGAAUGUUGUGCAUUCAAUCCAUUUUAACUUUAAAUUCUAAUAAGCUGUCCUACAAAGCUGAGCUUUGUCGGUUUUUCAUGUGUUAUAAAUUCACCUUUUUGAUAUAAUAAAUGUUUUCAUAUAUAU